AGGUACAACAUUGUAAACAAUAAACAAUUCUCCAUUCCCACCACGCACCUGCCUUUGGUUAUAUGAUAGCCCGUGCUAUGGAACCACUGGAAAAGAAGAUCUUUAAAGGAGUUUUAGUAGUUGAACUUGUGGGUGUUUUUGGAGCAUAUUUUUUUUUUUUGUUUAAUAAGAUGAACACAAUCCAAGAUUUUAGGCAAACAAUGAGCCAGAAAUUUCCCUUCAUCCUCAAAGUUUAUUACACAUCCGUUGAACGGUCUGGAAUGCAUGGAGUCAGAGAGAAGAUCAAGAAAAAUGGCUGAAUAGCAAAAAUUAGGACAAGUCAUUGCAUUCAGCCUCCCAUCUAAGCUGUUUGACACCGUUGUGGGGGAGAAGAUGAGCACACCAUAUUGUAGACUCCUGGCCCCACAAAACAAAACAGGAACUUCUGGUCUGCCAUGGCUUAGUCAUUUCCCAUAUACUAUGCAAAUCCCCUGCUUUUGC